AUGGCUCAGUCACAGUCACUACAAAACCUUACACGGACGCGGCUGCUGUUCCACUAUGACGGCUCUUUACGGACAAACAAUACCAGCAUUCUAUCCCUCCAGGCAUACAACAGCCUACCGGAAGCAGACCAAGGCCUCAUCAAACCCGGCAGCAUCAACCCCAGUCCCACUCACGCCCUUAUCACCGAGUCUACGAUUUUCCACCCGCAGGGCGGCGGCCAGCCCUCAGACGCCGGCAAGAUCACCACUUCGGAAGAGGAUGACGCCAGCACCUUCGAAGUGAACAUGGUUCGCCACGCCUUUACCGCCCCAUCCGUAGUCCUGCACUUCGGCCACUUCCCUUCCGGCCAUUCGCCGCAGCGAGAGGAACUCACAGAAGGUUCCUCUGUAACUCAACACAUCGACGCGGAAAAGCGCCUUCUGUGUUCCCGCCUCCACACCGCCGGCCACGUCCUCGGUGCCGCAGUCCGACAUCUACUGGAAAACAAGAUUGAAGGCUUCGAUGAACUCAAAGCCUCCCACUUCCCCGACUCCGCUGCCUGCGAGUUCUCUGGCUCAAUCCCGGGGGACCAGAAACAACCGAUCCAGGAGCGCGUCAACGAGUACGUGGACAAGCAUAUGCCGGUCGAAGUACAGUUCUGGAGCAAAGACGACUUUAAAUCUCACGAUCUCGAACGGCUGAUACCAGGGGAUGAGGAGUGGGAUGCUAUCGCGGAGACGGAGCUACCGAGGAAAGAUAAGAUCAGGGUGGUGAAUAUUGUGGGUGCGGAGGUGUAUCCGUGUGGUGGUACGCAUGUUGGUGAGACAGGGGAGUGUGGGAAGGUGACGGUGAGGAAGAUUGGGAGGAGUAAGGGGACGAGUAGGGUGGGGUAUAAUGUAGAUUAG